AUGCCUUCCUCACCAUCCCGCACCAACCGCUUCCAAUCCUUCACCCCCCUCCGCAGCACCACCGGCUCCCUCCGCCGCCUCAAGACAGCCUUCAGCCCCACCCGCGGCGUCUCCAUGCGCUCCGCCUCCCCCUCCUCCAUCCUCACCUCUUCCUCCAUGACCUCCCCGCUCACGCGCAACUCGUCGCCGCACAGCCAGCGCUCCUCAUCGGGCUCGUCGCUGCGCGAGUUGCUUGCUGUGCGCCGCAAGCCCAGCGUCCUCGAGUUCGAGCUCGAGGAGGAGAAGCAUCUGUUUGAGCAGGGGCUGGAUGUCCUAGAGCCCAGGCCGAGUGCGGGCAGGGGGUCGAGUGAGGUGCUUGUUGUAGGCAUCUUUGAGGUGUUGGAUGGAAAGCGAUAA